AUGUUUUCGGAUGUUUUUAAAGAGUCUGCCCUAAUUUUAUUUCGAAUCCCUGGAAAACUUGCAAAACACGCUAAAAAAACCCCGGAUAAAAUCUUCAAGUUCCUAACCCUCUACGAGGGGAUGAUAGAGGAUACCUUGGAAAUCGAAAAGAUCUUCUCAUCAAAGUUCACCUCACCUGUUCGUUCACAUCUAAGGUCCUCUAUGGGACGAGUAACUGAAGCCGUGAAAUCAAUGGAAGCAGAUUUUGAGGCACAUGUGUAUAAAGACUCCUCAAAGGGUGUAGUCGCUGGAGGAGGGAUCCAACCCCUAACCAAAUAUGAAAUGAACUACAUGGUCAAUCUUUCUAAUCACGCCUCUGCAUUUGACAAAAUCCUCACAGAUUAUCCAAUAAGCUUACAAUUGUCGUUACCAAAGAGUUGUUUUGAAGGUGAAACAAUGUCGUCUCCUGUGGAAUUACAUUUUUCCUGGUUAAUAUUGAUAUUACUAGGUAAGCUAGAUAGUAAAUCAGAGCUUUACAAAGAUGCAUAA